CUCUUUAACCUCCUUUAAACCCCACAGCCUCCAUCCUCGAACAAUAAUAUAAAUCCUCCGCAACCAUGGCCCCCAAGAACAAAGGCGGCGACAAGAAAGGCAAAGAGAGCGGCGGGGGCGGCGGCGACAAGGGCGGUGGAAAGGGUCUCAAGCCCGCGACUGCUAUUAACGUGAGGCAUAUUCUGUGCGAAAAGUUCUCCAAAAAGGAAGAAGCUCUGGAAAAGCUCCGCAACGGAUCCAAGUUCGACGAGGUAGCGAGGGAGUUCUCCGAGGAUAAGGCCAGACAGGGCGGGUCACUUGGAUGGAAAGUCCGGGGAAGUCUGGAUGCGGCGUUUGAGAAGGCGGCGUAUGAGUUGGAGCCGAGCACGACGGGGAGUCCGAAGUUCGUGGACAUCAAGACGGGGUUCGGGUAUCAUAUUAUUAUGGUUGAGGGGAGGAGAUAGAUAUACCUACCUACUUGCCUAUCUACCUACCUAACAAAGUACUAAAUGGUAAUUGAAUGUUUGAGAUGGGUGUGUUGUGUUGUGUUGGUGGAGUUUAAUACCCAAAUCACUACACUACCACUAUCUUUGUGAG